AUGGGUUUAGCUACUGUAAAAAAUAAGCAAAGAAUAGGAAAAGAUCCUAGAAAUAUUAACUGGGUGAAAGAUACAAAUAGAUUUGGAUUUAAGUUUCUUUCAUCUUAUGGAUGGGCACCUGGAUUAGGUCUCGGAAAGAAUAAUCAUGGAAAAACUGAAAAUGUUUCUGCUUUUUGUGGAGGAAAACGAUUUAUUCCAGAUGUUUCUUUGUCCUUAACUCACUUGAAUGAUUUAAAUGAUAUAUUUGCGCGUUUAAAUAACUUAAAUUCUCAGUACGAGAACUCUAAAUACAACUCUAUUUUCAAAAAAUCUUAUGUAGAUUCCCUUAGUGGUAGUCUUUCAAAAAAAUUUGUUCGAGGUGAAUUUUACAAAACAGAUUUCAAUAAACAUUUAAAAAAGAAUGACUAA